AUGGAUCCCAGCUAUGGUCACUUCACUAUCGAGGAAAAACCUGAUGUUACAUAUAAUGAUGUAGGAGGAUGUAUGAAGCAAAUUGAGAAGAUGCGAGAGGUGCUGAUGAGUGCUCAUUCGUCUGUUGUGUUUCAGAUUUUCUUUUUCCCCUUUGGGUGUUCUCUGCAAUGGUCCUCUGGUACUGGGAAAAUAUUUCUUUCCAAAGCAGUUGCAAAUUAUACAGAUGCAUGUUUCAUUCGUGUUAUUGGUAGUGAGCUUGUUCAUAAAUAUGUUAGUGAGGGGGCUAGAAUGGUUCAUGAACUGUUCCAGCCAUCUGUUGAUAUCAAGACGGUUCUUUCUCAUAUGAUGAAUAGGUUUUCAAACUAUACUGCUUUAAGUGCAGAAGUAUUACCUGAGUUUUUCCGGGUUGAAGUUUUCGCAAAACUAAACAGUGCCAUAGGAAAGGUGAUGGGAACUUCUAGAAUUAAUACAGUCGUCAGCUAG